AUCAAUGCUCAGGCAGAACCGUGAUUACAAACGGUGAUGGCCGCCGCCUUGCAUUUCUAAUGCAUUUCUAGUAACAGCUAGCAUUGAACUGAGUAAAAAUGGGGUUUUGAUCAUUUAAUAAUUGAUAAAGUCUUGGAGUCUGUAGAGACAGUGCGGGAUGCUGCAUCGCAAUGGGAAAUAUCUUUGGCAAAAAGAAACGAAGUCGAGUCACCGAACAGGACAGAGCUGUUUUGCAACUGAAGCAGCAGAGAGAUAAACUGAAGCAGUAUCAGAGAAAGAUUACCCUGCAGCUGGAGAAGGAGAAACAGCUAGCUAAACAGCUGCUGAAAGAUGGCAAGAAGGAGAAGGCUCUCCUGUUGCUUAAGAAGAAACGCUUCCAGGAACAACUUCUGGACAAGACUGAGAACCAGAUAAGCAACCUGGAGCGCAUGGUUCAAGACAUUGAGUUUGCACAGAUAGAAAUGAAGGUUAUUGAAGGACUGAAGGUUGGCAAUGACUGCUUAAAGAAAAUGCAUGAGGUAAUGUCUAUAGAGGAAGUGGAGAGGAUCAUGGAUGAGACCCAGGAAUCCAUUGAGUACCAGAGGCAAAUUGAUGACAUUUUGGCAGGCUCUCUGACUCAAGAAGACGAGGAUGCUGUAUUAGCAGAGCUCGAGGCUAUCACUCAGGGAGAUGUUGAGCUUCCUGAGGUGCCUGAUGAGCAAUUACCAGAGAUUCCAGAUCAAGAGCCAGAGCGGGAGAAGGAAAGGGUGAAGAAGAAGCCGGAGAGAGAGCUGUUGGCUUUGUAGAGCCUCACCAAUGCACUUUUAUAUUGUUCCUGUAACUCCCAGGUGUAGAUGACCACUCACUCCUCUGUAGAAAAGAAACCUUCCAGACACAUUGAAUUUUUUUUUUUCUCCAGCCCAUCAUAACAUCAUCUCUCAAAUCUACUGUCCAUCAGGUGGGGCUUUUCCACUGGACAAUGACACACAGAUUACACUUACUAAACCCAGUCUACGUCUGUCCUUUUUUUCCUGUAUAGCCGAGUUUCCAGGUCUGACCUUUUACCUGCAGUUUUGUUUUCUAGAAAGUGACAGACAGCAUUGCUCUUGGUGGAAAGUGAGAAACCUUAUUACACUCUGCUGUAUGGUCAAUUGAUUUUAGAUAGUGUUUCUUUUUUUUUUUUUCCCCCUCCCUUUUCCAAAUAGGAAUCUGUCCCAAGUGGCAGUUCUGUAAAUCUUCUUCCCAUAUCAGACUGUCCAAUCAGAAAAGCAUUCAAAACAUUACUUUCUUAACUAAGUACAUCACCAUUAACCUUAAACUCUUCAGGUGUUUAUUUUAAUCUUAACUUUGAGGUCUUUCAUAAUUUAACCCUAAAUAUGUAAACCUUCUUGGCAGGUAUAAGGCACUUUGUUCCCUUUCGGAUAAAUAGGGAACAAUCAGUUAAAUUAUCUUCCUGACUUGUAAUAGAUUACAUGUGAGGCAGUAUCUUGUCGGAUUUCUAGGCUGUGUAAAAGCCCCUUCACUUUAUUACCUCUGUAACACUCUCUUCAGCUUUAGGAGGAUUGUGCCUGUUGGAUUAGAAGGUUGUAUUCCUCCCCCAUUUUAACAUUCUUAACAUCGCCAACGAAUGCUGUCAUACUUCAGUAAUUUUUUUUAAUCUUACUGAUUUACUUGAGACUUUUUUUUUUCUGGCUCAGAGUUUGUUUUUUAAGACACUGCAAUCAUAUCUUAAACCCAAAGUGAGCCCUUUCCCAGCAAACAUAAGCCAAUAAAUAGACUUUUUCUCUGAUUUAUUUCUAUUUUGUUGGACUACAUUCAGCUGCUUUGCUGUCAGAGCUGUCCGGCGGUUCUUCUUCAUAGUCUUAAAGGUCUGAUUCAAAAUUUUCAUUUUGUUAUUUUGCAACAAUAAAAUUAUUUUUAAUCA